AUGUCACCCUUUUGUCCUUUCUGUGAAACUGUCGGACAUUGGCCUCAACAGUGCAAUGUUGUAACGGACAUAGACGCACGCAUACAGAAAUUGAAGACUAGUAAUAGAUGUUUUUUGUGCACUAACCGAGGACAUACCAAAAAAAAUUGCCCCCGAAGAGAAAAAUUUUGCUGUGCCAACUGCAAGAGAAAACACCAUACAUCAAUAUGCAAACCCCUAACCAAUGAGCAGCCUGUGACUACAUCUACAAACAAAAUUGAUGUAUCGCCUUCCAGUUUCGUUCAUUUGCAAACUGCACGAGUUUUUAUAACUGGGCCCACUGGCAUUACAAAACUGACACGUUGUCUUUUGGAUGGUGGAAGUCAAUCUAGUUUCGUUUCUUCUAAUCGUGUGGAUACUUUAAAACUUCCAGUAAUUUCAACCAGACAUUUGGACAUUCAAGCCUUUGAAUCCCCAGCUAAUGUUGGCUACAUGCAAAGACAAGUCAAAUUUCAGUUAUCAAGUAUCUGGGACAAAUCUAAAGUUAAUGUUACUGCAUUUGAAAGCUCCAACGAAUAUGCAUCACACCUACCUUCAUCAACGGAUGUUUCCAUCUUUGCUAAAAACAAGCGAUUGAAACUUGCUGAUCCAGAUGAUUCAUUGUCGAACUUACCAAUUGAGAUUUUAAUCGGUGCAGAUUACUACUGGAUUAUUAUGAAUUCUGAAGCUCCAGUCAGGUUGUCGGAUUCUCUGGCCUUGGUCCCAUCAAGUUGUUAUUGGGUACUUAGUGGAACUCGAUCACACGCAACAGUUUCCUUUAUUUCAACGGUUCAUAAUGUUGAUGUGGAUACUUCAACUCAGGAAUUAGACAAUAUGGUACGAAAUUUCUGGAACUUAGAGAGCAUUGGUAUACAACCAACACAACAAAAAAUAAGUCCUCACAACUCUGAACUCUUAACGAACUUUCAUCAAUCUUUUGAAAUCAUCGAUGGUAGAAGAGUUGUAAAAUUGCCUUGGAAACCAGAAGUUCAACUUUCGUCGAACAAUUAUGAAGUCGCAAUUCAACGAUUUAAAUCUUUAACAAGGAAAAUGCAUGCAAAUUCAGAAUUCAAAGAAAAAUAUAUUGAGCACAUGCAAGAUUACAUUGAUAAAAAACACGUUGAAGUUGUCUCAGAAACACAUAAUGAGGAAGGUUUAUAUUACUUGCCCCAUCACGCUGUAAAGAAAAUCACAAAUGGAGAAACUAAGUGGCGUAUAGUUUUUGAUGCAUCUUCACAUUCUCCAGGUCACCCAUCUUUGAACGACGCUCUUGAAGUAGGACCAAAUCUUCUUCCCGAUAUCUUAGCCACAUUGUUGAGAUUUCGACUUUCUAAAAUAGCAAUCACUAGUGAUGGGCGACAAGCAUUUCUGCAGCUGAUUCUAGCAGAAGAAGACAGAGAUGCAACACGAUUUAUUUGGUACAAUACUACAUAUACUCCUGAUGGGAAACUCUGCACUGAAGAUAAAAUUGUAACCUAUCGAUUCACACGUCUUCCAUUUGGACUCGUCUGUAGUCCAUUUUUAUUAGCAGCUUCUCUUCGUGAAUUGGCUUCAAAACACAAACAAGCAUAUCCUACAGCAACUGGACACGUUGAGAAUAACACCUAUAUGGAUGAUUUUGUUACGGGAACAUCUACGGAUACUGAAGCUCUGAUUCUUUACCAAGAACUGCAGAAACUUACAUCACUUAUUAGCCUACCAUUAGACAAAUGGACUACAAAUUCUAAGACUUUGAAAGAUAUGUGGAAACAAGAAAACGUCUCGUUUAAGGAUAUUACGCAGGUCUUGGGUGUUAAAUGGGACACUAACAGUGAUGUCUUUCAAACUGAUGUGCAGACAAAAAUUGUUCAAGCAUGUAAAGAACCAGUAACAAAACGCUUACUACUGAAGUUGAUGUCAAAGUUUUACGAUCCUCUAGGCUUGUUUGCUCCAGUUACAGUAGUUGUGAAGAUAUUGUUUCAAGAUACAUGGCUCAGUGGUAUUCUGUGGGAUGAACUAUUACCUCCAUCUGUAGCACAGCAGUGGCACAAGUGGAUAAAUGAAUUACACUAUCUGAAUGAAAUAUGCAUCCCAAGAUGGAUUGGCUUUUCCGAAAAUUCCGACGUUACCAUACAUGUGUUUUGCGAUUCUUCGGAAUGUGCAUAUGGUGUUGCUUCUUUAAGUUGGAUAAAGGGAAAUCCCAACCUUUGGAAAGCAUUUGUCUGCAACAGAACAACACAAAUCCCUCAAAACACUACUUCAGCACAAUGGCGCCACUGUCCCGGUACAGAUAACCCUGCGGAUCAUCUUACUCGUGGUACCUUUCCAUCACAGUUAUCGAUUUUAGAAUCUUGGUGGCACGGUCCGAAAUGGCUAAAACAUGAUCCAGAAACUUGGCCUAUCAAAGUUGUGUCUACACGUACACAGCCUUUAGUUGAAGCUGAAUCACGAAAAACCAAAUUUCAAUCCUCCUACGUUGCAACUACAGAACUCAUCAUAGAUAUAUCUCGUUAUAGUUCUUACACAAAACUUCUUCGUGUGACUGCCUGGAUUCUACGUUUUGUAUACAGCUGUAAGACACAGCAACGCAUAACUCAUGAACUGAAUUGUAAUGAAAUAGAGAAAGCUAAAAACUAUUGGAUACAGACUGUACAGAAUCAAUGUUUCUCAGCUGAAAUAAAUGCCUUAAAAGCGGAACGUCCCCUGCCGAAAAAAUCCAAAAUUUCCUGUUUCAAUCCCUUUCUCGAAGAUAAUUAUUUACGCCUUGGGGGAAGGCUGCAAUUUUCAAACAUUUCUUCUGACACUCGACACCCUUUAUUGCUCGAUGGUAAACACUAUUUUGUCCACCUUUUGAUCCAGCAUACACACAUACGACUCCACCACUUAGGUGUGCGUAUAAUCCUGUCCGAGUUACGUUCAACCUUCUGGAUUUUAAGAGGACGUCAAGCUAUAAAGCAAGUUAUUCACAAAUGCCUACCUUGCAAGCUGUACAAAGCGAAAUACGGAAAACAAAUCGGAGCUCCUUUACCUCCUGAAAGAGUUGUACCUUCUGCUCCAUUUACUAUCACAAGAAUUGAUUUUGCUGGACCCGUGAAUAUUCGAUGUUUGAAAUCAAGAGACGCAGCCUACAUAACACUAUUUACUUGUGCAACAACACGUGCAUUACACAUCGAACUUGUGUCGGAUCUUAUCACAGACAAAUUUCUUUUGGCACUACAACGUUUUGUUGGCCGCAGAGGACUCCCACACACAAUCUAUACCGACAAUGCUACCACUUUUCAUGCAGCAAAUAAGGACUUGAUUCUGCUAUGGCAAGUUCUGUCAUCAGCUAAAACUCAGCAAUAUUAUGCCCAAAAUGGCAUAACUUGCAAAUUUAUCGCCCCACGAGCGGAUUGGUGGGGAGGCUGGUGGGAACGCCUAAUAGGAGUUGUCAAGCGAUGUCUACGAAAGGUACUCGGACGAGCACUUCUUGACGAGGAAGGUCUGUCCACGGCCCUCAUUGGAAUAGAAGCCGCUCUGAACAGCCGACCUUUGGUAUACAAAGAUGGAAAAGAUGACAGUUCCACAGCCUUAACACCAAGUCAUUUCUUGACAGGACGAAAACUAACUGCCAUUCCAUCCAGCCCAAAUAACAACACAAAGCUAAGAAAAAUCUACAAGCAGCAGCAGAACUUACUCGACUGCUUCUGGAAAAAAUGGUCUAAGGAAUAUUUGCUUCAAUUGCGGUCAUUUCAUCAAGUUCGUAAUCAGGACAAUAUCAUUGACAUCCGAAUUGGCGAUAUUGUACUUCUACAAGAAGACGUCCGACCACGUCACAUGUGGAAGAAAGCUAGAGUGGUGAACUUGUAUGAAGGACGAGAUGGAAAAAUAAGAUCCUGUGAGCUGAGAGCUAAUGGUCACAAUAUAACCCGUCCGGUAGCUCUGGUCAUCCCCCUCGAGGUCGACCAGGGUGGGGAGGAUGUUGAGGUUUGA